AUGAAGUCCUUGUCAAACAAUUCCAUUCGACAUUCUGGCUCGAACGACAAUGGCUUUUCAAACUUCAAUACUAUCGAAAGUAUUUACAAUUGUGCUCUACUGUAUUCAACUAGUCGUUAUAAACGAAAACAUUAUGUUUCGUCUGGCCAAUUAAAUGAAUCAAAUGUGAAGUCAAUUCAUUAUUUAGAAGUUAAAAAAAAUGAGCCGAUAGAAAAUUUUACUGGAUUCUUUCCAAAUGUUACCCAAUUGACUCUUUGCAACACGUUUUAUACACCUCCUGGUGUCAACGCAAGUCGUUUGAAUCGAAUUCUGCCAUUGAAACAAAUAACAAAAUUACGUCUUCAUUCUGACCGUUUCUCAUCCAAACAAAUGCUUGAUUUGCUUUCUUCCGCAGUGAAUAUUCGUACAUUAGAGCUCAAUGCGUUCGGUUUUAGUAAAAUAGACGUGCUUUUAGCUGAACAAGUGUUCAAGACGAACGCGAUCAAACAUGUUCGGAUUAGUAGAGUGCAUUCGUUAGAUGAAUUCAAACUCUAUGUUCAUCUUUUUCCUCGUCUGGAAUCUUUGAUAAUUGGUCUCGACAAAGGUGAUUUCAGAUCAAUUGUAAAAUUUGUUUUACUGCAAUCAAAUCACUACCUAUAA